AUGGAGCUGGCGUUGGACCCGGGUGAACAGGACCUGCUGGGCUUCCUGCUAGAGGAAAGCGGAGAUUUGGGGGCGGCGCCCGAGGCGGUCUCGGAGGCUCCACUGGACUGGGAGUUGCCGCUUUCUGAGACACUGAGCGAUUGGGACGUAGAGGAUUUCCUGAACUCCCUGCCGAGUCCCUCAGACUCUUUUGGCGAUUCUAAUCCCUGCCUUGUCCACCACGACCACACCUACUCUCUCUCACAAGAACAUGUUUCCAUAGAUCUAGCUAGUGGGAGCUGUGGAAAAGAGGAGAUCCAGAUGACGCCACUGCACGUGGAGGACCCAGCAGAGCAGGAGAUUGUUGGGCUGAUGCUGACAGAUGAGGAAAAGAGGCUAUUGGAGCAGGAGGGGCUUACACUGCCCGAAACACUGCCUCUCACUAAGAUGGAGGAACAAGUCCUGAAACGAGUGCGGAGGAAGAUCCGAAAUAAGAAGUCUGCUCAGGAGAGCCGCAGGAAGAAGAAGGUGUAUGUGGGAGGUUUAGAGAGCAGGGUCUUGAAAUACACAGCCCAGAACCUGGAGCUACAGAACAAAGUACAGCUCCUGGAGGAACAGAACCUGUCCCUCCUGGACCAGCUGAGGAGACUCCAGGCCGUGGUGACUCAGAUCUCAAACAGCAGCAGCGCCUGUGUCCUGGUCCUACUGUUCUUCUUCUGUCUCGCCCUUGCACCUGCUAUGUACUCCUCUGGCACCAGGGGGAGCCUGCCAGCUGAGCAUGGAGUAUUAUCCCGCCAGCUUCGUGCCCUCCCUCAUCAGCUGGAGCUGUCGGCCCUGCAGUCGGAGGUACCAAAGGAUAGCUCAGACUAUGGGCUCCAGGCUCCUGGCAACUCUUGCUGCCUGCCCUCCCACAUGCCUCAGGCUCCUGGCACAGAGCCUCCUCUGAAAUUGCCACUCCCUGAUCCCUUUUCAAAGUUUGCCUGCCUGGGUCCCAUCCUUCUCCUGGAUGCAAAUCUCACAAGAGAAGAGGGGUGGCUCCCUGCCCACAGCCCCGUGUCUGUUAUCUUGCAGGGCAGAUACUCAGGCUAG